AUGGUGAAAAUUACUCAAAACGAAUUCGAGUACAAGAUUGAGCGGACUCGUGGUGGAGUGAAAGAGUUCGAAUCCGGUUUCAGCUUCCCGCCUCCGGCCCCGGAGUCCCGCCGAUCCUGCCCUCACUGUCCCAUGACCUGCGUGAACGUGCAAGGCCUUGGGAUCCACGUGAGAACGCAGUACAGCAGUGCAAACAUGUCCAACGGCGUGCGCCUGCGGCGGAUGCUACGGAAGAAUCUCGAAGGGCGUGUCGAUGAUGCGACGGGGGCGGCUUCGUUUGUCCUCCAGCGGAAGCGCUUUCUCGACCUAGACUUGGAAAGCGACGGCUUCAUGGACCGCGAAACCAAGGAAACUCGUGGAGCUCCCAAGCGCAGGCGAUACGACUAUAGGUUCAAAGCCAAUGCUGUCAGCCAGCUGCGCAUCCUCGAGGGCAACGCCGCUUACCUCUGGAAGAAGGAGGAGCGCACGCCUCUUCAGUACUUAGAGGAUGGUCUCAAGGUUCACUACAGCAACAUCGUGAAGUGGACCAAGGACGAGAAGGCCAUAGUCGCGGCGGCAGCAGACGACGCGAACAAGAGCCCCCUCGCCAAGCAGCAGCCUAAGCAGUGGUUUGCUGAGGCACAAAAGAGGCUUUACAAGAUGUUCGUGGAGCGGCGUAAGAGGAAGCUGAAGAUGUAUCCCGGGGACCAACGGGCGGCGGCGUUCAGCGCAUCCUUCAGGUGGGCACGAAAAUGGGCCAAGAGGCACAACCUGUCCAAAAGACGUCGGACCAACCUCAAGAAUAAGACUGUUGAGGAGCGCCUACCAAAGAUCCAGCGCUUCCACCGACUGUUUCGCAAGCUCCUGCAAGAGCCGGUACGGUACAGGGCGCCCGAUGAGUUGGACUUAUCGGCGAUUACGACGUUCGCAGAGAGGGAGUCCAGAGUUCCCAAGUAUGGCCAAUUCCUGCUCUGGGAGCGUUGGAAUGUGGAUCAAGUGCCUUUGGCAUUCGUAAACGGGCUGCUCGAUACGUGGGAGGAGCGAGUUGCGAAGCGUGUCGCCAUCUCACAGCCCUUUCCUGGCCUAGAGAAAAGGCAGUGCACCGUGUUAGUCAUCUUUGGUCCGGGUGAGACGACCUUGCGAAUUUCGGUGAUCUUCCGAGGCAUGGGGAAGCGGAUCUCGCCGGUGGAGAAGGCCGCGUACCACGAGGACGUGGACGUUUUUUUCCAGGAGAAUGCUUGGGCCGACCAAAAAAUCUGUAUGGAGUGGGCUAAGAGGUCCUACCUCGAAGGCCUGAUGCGCGGGCGGGGUGAGCUUCCCAAAGCGAGGUCCAUUCUUAUCAUGGACAACUUGCACGCUCAGACGACGGACGAGUUCAAGGAGUAUCUUCCGGUUGAUGCAGGAGCCGGACGAUUUAUCAAGGUGGAAGCUGGGAGGCAGAUGGACAUGUGGCUCGAGCAGUCGGACAACCUCGAGAGCCAACAGGCGUUCCGAUUCCGCCUUUUCGAAAUGUGCGGGAUGACCAUGACUGUGGACGGCUCAGGCGAUGAUCGGAACGCUUUGGAGGGUUCGGACAAGCCGUACACCAUCGCAAACGAUGAAGACUGUAGCGAGGACGAAGAGGGUUUGGAGAACGGCAGAGAUGAGCCUGAGGGGCGGGGGAAGGAGGGCGAUGGACGUCAGACGGUCGUGGAGGGCGCUGAUUCCAGCGAUGAUGAAGACGCGGCAGAAAGCACGUCUCAAACCCAGACCGAUGAUCUAGCUCUUCUCGACGACGACGACAGCAUGGACCCACAAGACCCGGAGGACGAGACACAAGGAAUGGAGAUCCCGACAGGCUUUCACAUUCAAGAAGUUGAACCCGUUGCUCUUGACAGAUUGCUUUUGCGACGUGGAGUGUUCGUUAGGCUGGGGAUUGGGUGGUUUGGGAGGUUGAUCAUUCAGCAAUCUCAGCAGGACGCUCGCCACCUGUACGACUAAUGUGUGCAGCUGGAGCUAGAC